AUGGGCAGUGGGAGCGAGCUCAUUUACGGCUACCAGCAUGUUGAUUUAACCCUACAACCAAACGCUGUGGGUAAGGAUGUGACGGAGGCAACGGUACGAAAAGUGAACUCGCUCAAAAUAGUGGCCGACGACCACGAGUACUUGCUGAGACUGGCGUACGUCGAGUCACAAUUUGGUGACAAACCAUCUAGGUCAUUUGGCACGGCAAACCUAACAGGUGGCAUUUGGCAAGUGAGCAACGAGGUCCUAUUGGCCAGCCAAGACACCGUUGCCACGCCAUCGUUGACCAUGCUCAUUUAUAAGAUAUCGGCCAAAUUUCGCAUUAAUUGGCACGAUGUGCGCGCGGCCGAUUUGACCAAGCCACUUUAUUCAGCAUUGGCCGCACAGCUAUACACCAAAACACUGGCCGAACCCAUACCAGACACUAUGGCCAAGCAGGCAGACUAUUGGGCCAAACAUUAUCACCCAGGUGGCUCGGCUAAGGUAUUCACCGACUCAGUCACUACAUUGCUAAAGAGUUUCGUGUGUCGCACGAGCGAGGACAGUUGCUUCGUGCUUGAUGGGUCGGGCAGUAUUGCCCCAGAUGAUUUUGAAAAGGCUCGCAAAUGGAUCAGGGACAGAAUCGAGGACUUUUACACCCCUGAAAUGAGCAGACUAACCAAGCCACAAGUUCUGGCCAAGAUCGAUGGUAUGGUACAGCCCCAGAGUACAACCAACACCCGGGCCGGCAUGACUGCCGCUGAGGACAUAUUUAAAGCAUCUGUGCAAAGGCUUGGCGUUCCCAAACAGAUCAUGGUAUUGACCGACGGCCAGUCCAACGAUGGCGUACAGCCGGCGCCCGGAUUGGCCAAAGCGAUGGGCAUUCAGACCAUGGCGUGGGGUGUGGGCCCUAAUGUCAAUCAAAAGGAACUACUUGAAAUUGCCAACGGCGACCCUGCUAGUGUUGAUUUAAUUAAUAAUUAUGAUUCACUAUUUGAAAAAACGUACAAGUUUAAAACAAUGAAAUGCAGCAUGGCACAAAAGCCGCCAGUUGACACUGAGGUGGCAGACAAUUUGCUCAAGGGCGAAAAGAGAUUUUAUAAUUAUCAAUUGGGCGCAAACGGCAUAACUGUUAAUGUAGGCAAUAAAAAUAGCGGUCAGGUUACUGGUUAUUUUUCGUUUACCCUGACCAAUCCAACGGCAGCCGAAAAUGAUGGUCAGUUUACCGGAUCGGCUAAUAUAGUUAAAUCUGGUGCCACUGAAGUGUUUGUGGCCAUAGAGGGUUCAGCUCCCGGUGACAGCCAUUAU